UUCAAUUGUUAAAUCCCUUUUCGCAUAUUUUUAUAACGGCAAUGGCUCUUUCUCAUUUUCUCUCUUCAAUCACAGUCGUAUUGCUUUUUUGCUCCGUUACAGCGCAAUCUCCGACGCAAUCACCCGCGUCCUCGCCGAAGAAAUCUCCGCCGUCCACUCCGACGCCACUCUCUUCACCACCAAAAACAUCCGUGCCGUCUCCACCGAAGACUCCGGCUGCAAUGACACCGUCUCCAGCAGCUAUUGAGUCACCUCCAUCAACUCCUCUCUCUCCGGAAGCCAGUCCUUCCUCGAUUUCCGAACCUCCUGUCGGAGCUCCGGGGCCUGCAGAGAACGGUGCCGUUUUGAACUUGAAUAGUAGGUUUGGUGCUGCUGGAUCUGUCGUGGUUGGACUGUUGAUGGCCAUUAUGGCACUGUAGAGAUUUAGAUAUCCUCUUCCCGUCAAUGAAGAAUAUAUAAGUAUAAUAAAUUUUAAUAUAUGUA